CUACUGUGAGGCGGAGUCAGAGUCAGACAGGUUUCACAGGUGUGUACAUCCACAACAACACAAGAAACCUGAGCGAAACCCAGACAAAUCACCGCUGACUUCGUUCAUUUCAGUAAAAGGCAAUGCCAGAAUCAAGCCGGCAUCAUCACACAAGGGACAGAGACUACUCUAGUCGAGACAGGAGAGAUGAAGGUGGACGCGAGGACAGGAGAGCACCUGAUGGAGACGACAGAUCACGAAGCCACCGAGAGAAGCAAAGAUACGCUGACACACAAAGGGACCCCCGUGUGCCCAGUUACACCAAGACAUCAUCUUCAUAUUAUGAUGACAGUCAACCCUAUCAUCAUAAAGGGGCACUUUACAACCUAAGGUACAUCACAACAAGCAGAGGCAUCUGUCAGGCCAUGGAAUUCUUCUUAGGCUUGUUGAUCGUCAUCUGUGCUGGAGUGAACCACAGUAACUCGGGUCGGUAUCGGGAUAUCGCCAGCUUAGGCGGUUUGUACCAGUACUAUUACGGAGGAGCCAACGCAUUCACCGGAGCAGAGGCGCAGAAGGUCCAGCAGCUCGACGACCAGUUCUACCGGCUCAAACUGCCCCCUUACGUCUACAGCAUGGCGUGUGGCGGGGCGCUGAUGCUUUACGCUUGUGCCACGCUGGCCCUCGGAGUGUUUCGCUUGCCCUACCGUUUCCCUCCUCUGCUGCUGGCUGAAGCCCUGCUGGAUGUGCUCAUAGGUCUCGGUUUUAUUCCUACCAUCGCUUUCUAUUUCAUAAAGCUGCAGGAGAUCUACAACAACCUCAUCUGUAAAGAGAGGGAAGCCAUGUACAGCAGCAAAGGUCACAGAGGAUUCGAGUGCCAUCUCAACGGGGCAGACAUAGCUGGAGGCUUGUUUGGUGUUCUGGGGAUUAUCAUAUUCCCCCUAAGCGCCGUGUUGGCCAUCAGAGCUUUCAUAAGAGUGCAAAAGAUGAAGCAGAGGCCGACAGAAGACAACAACCUGUGAGGGUUACGCCAUUUCAUGAAGAGAUUCAAAUGUGGAAAGCACGGAAGGUCCUACACAAGUGUAAAUGCUUUGGUUAGUAUUUUUUACAGUAUCAGAAGGAUAUGUAUUUUUCCAUUUUUUAUAUAUAUAUAUAUAUA